AUGGCAGCGUCGGUGGCAGCCGCAGCCCGGCGGCUGCGGCGGGCCAUUCGAAGGUCGCCUGCCUGGCCGGGCCCCAGCCGUCGGCCGAUCUCAUCCGAGCCCCCUCCAGCCCAGGCUUCGGCCGUGCGGGACGCCUUCCUGAGCUUCUUCCGGGACCGCCAUGGCCACCGGCUGGUGCCCUCCGCUUCCGUGCGGCCUCGCGGCGACCCCAGCUUGCUUUUCGUCAAUGCGGGCAUGAACCAGUUCAAGCCAAUCUUUCUGGGCACCGUGGACCCACGAAGCGAAAUGGCAGGCUUCCGACGGGUGGCCAACAGCCAGAAAUGUGUGAGAGCCGGAGGACGCCAUAGCGACCUGGAAGAUGUGGGCCGAGACCUUUCCCAUCAUACCUUCUUUGAGAUGCUCGGCAAUUGGGCCUUUGGGGGUGAAUAUUUUAAGGAGGAGGCUUGCAGCAUGGCCUGGGAACUGCUCACUCAGGUCUAUGGGAUCCCUGAGGACAAGCUCUGGGUCUCCUACUUUGGUGGUGACCCCAAAGCAGGGCUGCACCCAGACCUGGAAAGCAGGGACAUCUGGCUCAGUUUAGGAGUGCCUGCGAGCCGUGUGCUUUCCUUUGGCCCACAAGAGAACUUCUGGGAGAUGGGGGAUAUUGGCCCUUGUGGGCCCUGUACCGAGAUCCAUUACGACCUGGCUGGUGGGGUGGGAGCCCCGCAACUGGUGGAGCUUUGGAAUCUGGUCUUCAUGCAAUACAACAGAGAGGCAAAUGGAAGCCUACAGCCCCUGCCUCAGCGGCACGUGGACACAGGAAUGGGCCUGGAGAGGCUGGUUGCUGUGCUGCAAGGCAAACACUCCACUUACGACACUGACCUCUUUUCCCCGCUGCUCAACGCCAUACACCAGGGCUGCGGGGCACCCCCUUACUUGGGCCAGGUAGGGGUGGCAGACCAGGGGCGCACAGACAUGGCGUACCGCGUGGUGGCUGACCACAUCCGCACACUCAGCGUCUGUAUCGCCGAUGGCAUCUCCCCUGGGAUGUCAGGCGCCCCGCUGGUUCUUCGUCGGAUCCUCCGUCGCGCUGUGCGGUUCUCCACAGAGGUCUUACAGGCCCCACCUGGCUUCCUCGGCAGCCUGGUGCCUGUCGUGGUGGAGACGCUGGGAGAGGCUUAUCCGGAACUGCAGAAGAACUCAGCCCAGAUAGCCAGCCUGGUGUCGGAGGACGAGGCGGCCUUCCUGGCCUCCCUACAACGGGGUCGGCGGAUCAUUGAUCGGACUGUGAGUCGCCUGGGGCCUUCAGAUGUGUUCCCUGCUGAGGUGGCCUGGUCCUUGUCACUGUCUGGGAACCUGGGGCUCCCCCUGGACCUGGUAGAGCUGAUGCUGGAGGAGAAAGGGGUGCAGCUGGACACUGCUGGGCUGGAGCGGCUGGCCCAGGAGGAGGCCCAGCAUCGGGCACAGCAGGCUGAGCCGGUUCAGGAGCAGGGACUGCGGCUUGAUGUCCAUGCACUGGGGGAUCUGCAGCGCCGAGGGGUGCCCCCAACCGACGACAGCCCCAAGUACAGCUACUCCCUGGGACCCAACGGGGAUUAUGAGUUCGGCACCUGUGAGGCCCAGGUGCUACAGCUGUAUACAGAGGACGGGACAGCCGUGGCCUCCGUGGGAGAAGGCCAGCACUUUGGCCUCCUCUUGGACAGGACCAACUUCUAUGCUGAACAGGGGGGUCAGGCUUCUGACCGUGGCUAUCUGGUGCGGGCAGGGCAGCAGGACGUGCUGUUCCCAGUGGCCCGGGCCCAGGUCUGUGGGGGCUUCAUCCUGCAUGAGGUGGUAGCCCCUGAGUGCCUGCAGGUAGGGGACCAGGUGCAGCUGCAUGUGGAUAAGGCCUGGCGUCUGGGCUGCAUGGAGAAGCACACGGCCACCCACCUGCUAAACUGGGCACUGCGGCAGGCCCUGGGCCCUGGCACAGAGCAGCGGGGCUCCCAUCUCAAUCCCGAGCGGCUGCGCUUCGAUGUGGCCACCCAGGCCCCAUUGACCCCGGAGCAGCUCCGGGCAGUGGAGCGCACUGUGCAGGAGGCCGUGGGGCUGGAUGAGGCUGUGUACAUGGAGGAGGUGGCUCUGGCACUCACCGCCAAAGUCCCUGGCCUGCGCUCUCUGGAUGAGGUGUAUCCAGACCCUGUGCGGGUGGUGUCAGUGGGGGUGCCCGUGGCCUGUGCAUUGGACCCAGCCUCGCAAGCUGCACUUCAGACCUCUGUGGAGCUAUGCUGUGGGACGCACCUGCUACGCACAGGAGCUGUGGGGGACCUGGUUAUCACCGGGGAACGCCAGCUUUCCAAGGGCACCACCCGCCUACUGGCCGUCACAGGGGAGCAGGCCCAGCAGGCCCGAGAGGUGGGUCAGUGUCUGGCCCGGGAAGUGGAAGCAGCUGCAGAGCGGCUGAGUCGGGGCAGCCGGGAUGUGGCGGAGGCACAGCGGCUAUCCAAGGACAUGGGACGACUCACUGAUGCUGUGGACACCACCACAAUGCCCCAGUGGCAGCGGCGGGAGCUGCAGGCCACGCUGAAGGUGCUGCAGCGGCGUGCCAACACUGCCAUCCGCAAGCUGGAGAUGGGGCAGGCUGCAAAGAAAACCCAGGAGCUGCUGGGGCGGCACUCGAAGGGGCCUCUGAUCGUGGACACAGUCUCCGCUGAGUCCCUCUCAGUGCUGGUGAAGGUGGUACGGCAGCUCUGCGAGCAGGCUCCCAGCACGUCCGUGCUCCUGCUCAGCCCCCAGCCCGUGGGGCAUGUGCUUUGUGCCUGCCAGGUGGCCCAGGAUGCCACCCCCACCUUCACAGCAGAGGCCUGGGCGCUGGCAGUGUGCAAGCACAUGGGGGGCAAGGCCUGGGGCUCUCGGGUGGUGGCUCAGGGCACCGGAAGCACCGCUGACCUGGAAGCUGCCCUCAGCACAGCCCGAGCCUACGCACUCAGCCAGCUGUGACCCAGGCCCAUCCAGGGACCCACAUGGACUAAAGGCAA